GAAGAGAAGAAAGGAUCAGAUUUGACUCAUCAAAGAGGAAAACCAAACUUGGAGGAACCAGAGAUGUCCAAACCAGCAAGAAGACACCUCUGCUCUCAGAUUGGAAAGAGUUUUGCCAAGUUAGGAAGCCUGAAAAGACACGAGAGAAAUCUCACAGGGGAGAAGCCUUACCACUGCUCCCAGUGUGGAAAGAGUUUUAUCCAGUUAGCAAGCCUGAAAGCUCAUGACCGAAUACACACAGGGGAGAAGCCUUACCACUGCUCCCAUUGUGGAAAGUGUUUUAGGCAGCAAGGAAGCCUGAAAGUUCAUGACCGAAUACACACAGGUGAGAAGCCUUACAACUGCUCCCAUUGUGGAAAGAGUUUUAACAGAUUAGGAGGCCUAAUAGCUCAUGAGCGAAUACACACGGGGGAGAAGCCAUACCGUUGCGCCCAGUGUGGAAAGAGUUUUGGCUCAUUGGGAAACCUGCAAUCUCAUGCACGAUUACACACAGGGGAGAAGCCAUACCAUUGCCCCCAGUGUGGAAAGAGUUUUCGCAUGUUAGGAAACCUGCAAUCUCAUGUGCGAAUACACACUGGGGAGAAGCCAUACCAUUGCGCCCAGUGUGGAAAGAGUUUUAGCAUGUUAGGAAACAUGAAAGCUCAUGAGCAAAUACACACAGGGGAUAAGCCUUACCACUGCUCCCAGUGUGGAACUAGGUUUACCAGGUUAGGAAGCCUGAAAAGACAUGUGGACACACACCUUUCCAUUGCGCCCUGUGUGGAACGAGUUUUAACCAUUUAGGAAACCUAAAUAGAAAUGAGAGAAUACACACAGGGGAGAAGCCUUUCUAUUGUGCCUAGUGUGGAAAGAGUUUUUGCUCGUUAGGAAACAUGUUCUAAAUACACCCCUGGGAGAAAUGAUCUAAAUACACCCCUGGGAGAAACAAAUGUCACUUAAAAGGGAUGUGAGAAUCCACAGAAAAAUAACUUCUCCUGCUGUGUAAACUGAUAUUUCACAUCACAUUGACUUUAAAUUCAUCAGAGAACUUACACGGUGUUCCCAUUGUCUUAUAUUGUUGACUGAGAAUGUGUUUACUUGUUUAUACCAUAUCAAAUUGAAUUGUACAAAGUAUACUCAAACAUAUAUUUGAAUGUGUGUAUUAGAAAACAUGAAGUGAAUUUUGGAGUAUUUCAGUUUGAAUAUAGAGUAGAUUAGAUUCCAUGUGUUUAAA